GUCAUACUUUUAACGAAAAUGUCAAAAGCGCCCAUUUUUUUUUUCUUGACGAAUGUGUCAUCCAUCUUCUUUUAACGAAGAGAAUGUCAAAGCAAGCCGAUACCGUGAAGCGUUCUUUGUGAAAACAGAAUAUCGUGUGCAUUGCAUCUUUUUGUGGUAAUAAAGCGAAAGAUUGUAACCAGUGAAAAUGUCUCAUGGACGCAACGAGUGUCGAAUCUACGUCGGUAACCUGCCACCAGACAUCCGGACCAAGGAUAUACAGGAUCUUUUCCACAAGUUCGGCAAAGUGACGUUCGUGGAUCUGAAAAAUCGCCGCGGGCCGCCAUUUGCUUUUGUAGAAUUCGAGGAUGCACGCGAUGCUGACGACGCUGUUAAGGCUCGCGAUGGAUACGACUACGACGGAUAUCGACUGCGAGUCGAGUUCCCACGGGGCGGUGGUCCCGGGAGUUACCGAGGCAGUCGCCAAGGGAACAGUGACCGCAGCAGUAGAGGCGAUCGUGGAAACCGUGGGCCACCGGCACGCCGCUCUCAGUUUCGGGUAAUGGUAACUGGAUUACCAUCGUCCGGAUCGUGGCAAGAUCUGAAGGAUCACAUGCGCGAAGCAGGCGAUGUAUGCUUUGCGGAUGUUUAUAAAGACGGUACGGGUGUGGUGGAGUUUCUGCGACAUGAAGACAUGAAAUACGCUAUAAAAAAGCUUGACGAUUCCCGCUUUCGCUCACAUGAGGGUGAAGUUGCUUACAUUCAUGUACGGGAAGAUUCUGGAAAUGACGAAAAGCGUGAAUAUAGGGACAGAUCGUAUUCGCCACGCCGCCGAAGGGGAACACCGACCUAUUCACCAGUAAAGCGGAGCUUUUCGCGAUCACGUUCCCGUUCCUACAAUUGAGCCGGUGGAGAGAGCUGUCCGCCCAAGAAGACUAAAGGUCUUAGAGGAUUGAUAGAAUGUGAUAAAUUUGAAAAGAGCGCAGCAAAGGAUAAUAAUGUACAGUGUGGAAUUGUGCGCGCUAUCUCAUCGAUAACGACGGGAGUCACAUCGAUUAGUGCCGCGGUCUGAUCAUUGUGCACCUAUUCACACAGGUCUCCUUCGGGAUGUGGAUGCACGUGGUUCGAAUGCAAAAAGAAGGGACCUUAUGACCUGAUUUAUUGAAGGAAAUAGUGUUUUCCUAGCUUCAGGAUGCGAAGAAUUUUAAUCAUUUGGAAUCCAUUCUUCGGCAUUGUCCAGUACAAUUGCAACUGGUCAUGCGUGCUCAUACACACCAUAUUUUAUUGAUUGAUGAUAGGCAAAUGUUCCCAUCGGUAUAGACUUAUUGCCGAUAGCAUAGCAUACCAAGGAACAAAACGGGCACCUGUCCACGAAUUUAGGUUGCACAGGUUGCAACACAGAUGUUGGCAAUUGUUCCGUAGAAUUCUUUUUGACAUUUUGGGCACGAUAUAUUUUAAUAUCGCGAGCUUGCUUUAGAGGCAAGUAAGAGGAAAUUGCAUCGAUAAUGUAAUGUAUAUACACGAUGAGAUAAUGGAUUGUUGGUGGAUUCAGGACAUCGAGGGACUGGAUAUGCACAGGAAGGAAUGGAAGCGUAUAUUUGAAAACACAGGAAUGAACGUGGAGGCUGGAUUUGGAAUUAAUUUUGCACUGUGAUUUGGAUUGAUUGGAUUCUCGUGGAUCGCCGUUGGAGAAAGGAGAUCUCAAGGAUGUGGCUGUAUAUUGGUUCUGGAAUAAUUGUGCACUGCUGCAUCAUUCUCAUCAUCCAUACCGCCCUGGGCAAUCUGUUUACCCAUCGCUGGACGACGAGGGAUGUGGAUAAUAGGAUUGAUCACAAUAUUCCGGAUCGUCGUAUCCAAGUUUCGGCAGGUACCGUUUGUAUCUGUAACGAGUGGAAUGACAUUUAUCCUUGGACGCAUCUGCUGCGCUUGUGCCAACAUUAAAAGCGGGGAAAGGCAUUUGGAUUAUCCUUGUCCGAGGUUGGAUCGACGUUGGAAAUGGAAUGUGCAAUCAUUCGGUAAACACAAAAAGUUUUUUUUUCUUUCAAUUAACACGUUUUACCUUCCUGUAGCAUUUAACCAUAUUUCAUAACUGUUUCUAUGUUAAACCCUCUGGAAUAUCUUUCGCUGUAUACUUCCUUAUUCACAGCUUAGUACCAGAGGAUUUAGACGGGAUAAAUGAUCUUUCCAUCUUUCUGUUCGUCUUCUUUCAAAAUGUACAGACGGUUUCGUUCUCCCAUGUCCAUCAUGUUUGAUGAUUUAGAUAAUCAAUUUCCACAAUAUUAAUACUCUUUUCCAUUUGCUCAUUUAACGAUUGAAACGGGAGCGUACGGAAAUAAUACAACGUUUUAACAGGAUACACAUUUGGGACGUUUUGACGGUAAGAUUUUGUUUGUGGAUAUAAUUUCGAACUGGAAAUGGAAUGGUGGUGCAGAUGGGACCGGCAACCGGUGAAUGGAAAGUCGUAACAAAUGUCUCAAUCGUAAGUAAACGCACGCGUGCUGAAGUGUACACCCCUAGCAAAACGGUCAACUGUACUCUGGAUGGUUAGGCGCUAAAGUUUAUAUACAAAAUAUUAAAG